UUGUCUUUUCAUCAUUUGUCGCGUUCUUAUUACUUUUUUCUCUCUCGGUAAUAAUAAUAAAUAAUUUAUUUAAUUAAAAGAAAGAAAGAAAAACAGUAAUUGUAAGAAAGAAUCAUCAUCAUCCUCAGAACUGACGCUUCUCAAUCAAACAAACCCCCCAACCUCUUCCUCUCACCCACCCAUUCCGUUUCAAUCCAGGAUCUCCCUCUGUUUAGGUGGCAUAGCUGGAUUUUGAUGCAAGGUCAAAGGAGGAGUACUGGGUCCUUCCCAGCAAUUGUUAGCAUGAUGCCAGGUCCUAGUGCUAGUGGCACUGAUAUGAAUCGCCAGCCUUCCUUGAAUCAUGUGCAAAAUGCAGUAGAUUUCCGGUUGUCAGAUUAUAGGGGGUCUUCCGGUGAAACUGCGUGUUUACGUGGUGCUGGUCCUAAUGCAAGCUUUAGUGGCUGGAAUACCGGUGAACCCAGUUCUGGACUGAAUCUGAUCAACCAAGUCAAUGAUGAAGGUCUAAAAUCAGAACAUAGGCUGUGUUCUUCGCGUGGUGCUACCUCUGAAGAUGGUCUAAGACCCGAGGAAAGGCAAUUACUUGGGAACCAAUCUAGAAUUCACCCUUCCUUUUUGCAAGGUUCCAGCUCUACUCAUACAAAUCAGAGUAUUAAUCUCGGUAUGGGACACAAUGCAAACUCUGCUGAUCGCGGGAAAGGAAAAGAAUCUGGUAGUGGCGUUAAUAACAGCAAUCCUUGUGGAUUAGAUAGAGAGAAGACAUCACUAGGCAGUUCUUCAUGCAAUCUUAUGGGAACUUCGUCUGCAAGCUCUGGAUACAUGGCUUGGGGAGAUAGUGGUAGUUCGAGUUCUUCUUUAGCUAAUUGGGGUCCUUCCUGCAAGAGAAAGGCUCUUGAAGGUAGUUCUAUGCAACUUUGUACUGGAGGAAGCUCGAGUUCCCUUGUACAACCUGAAAAUGGUUACUGGCCUACUGAUUCUGUUGAUCUUAAUGCUCCUACCUUAGGGGAUUUAUCACCUUUAGAGGAUUUUCGUGUUACUAGUCCUCCAUUUCAGCAGAAUACAAUAAAUGAAGCGAGACAAGAAGCUUCCAAUGCAUUUCCUUCAAUGAUAAGUGUUUCGGAAAAUGUGGAAAGGCCUUUAAGAAACUUUGAUAGGAGAAUGACCCAUCUACAGCAUCAAGAAUCUGUACCUUUCAAUUUAACAUCGACAAGGAGUGCUAGACAUCAUAAUCAUCCUUCUCCACAUCAAAUACCUGGCUCUCUCUCAUUUAACGAGUCCUUGGAUUUGAGGUUAACACCUGGAGUAACAGCAGCUAAUUCAACUGGGCCUCAAAACCAAUCACCUGCCAUGCAUAUGCAUCCUUUUUCGUGGAAUAGAGCUGCUAAUCCUAGAGUUUCCAGAACUUCAAGUUCUUAUAACUCUGGAGAAAGAGCAGUUCGGGAAGAUUUUAAUUUACGACUCUUCCCGAGAGAUAGUACCGAGCAUCCCAUGAAUGUGCCUGCAUCUUCAGGACAUGAACCUACAGGUUGGCAUACAUCUUCUAGUAAUGUGAACAAUGUGGGAGGUAUACCUCCUACACCCUGGAUUGGAUCUAGUACAAAUGUCCACUCAUUACCUAAUCCCAGUUGGACUUUUAACCAUGAAGUACCAACAGAAAAUCUACACAGAGUUUCAGAGUUCAGUCCUUGGUCCCUUUUUCCAUCAAUCAGCUCAGCAUCCGCUCAUAGUGGCCAGCCUCCCUCUACUUCUGGACCUCUUUCAUUUUCUCAGGGUUCUAGCAGCAAUCAACCGUAUCCAAGAGCAUCGUAUUUGAUGGAAAGAAGGGGUGGCGGCGAUGUUCUCCCUGCUCCUCAUCCACUGCGAACAUUAGCUGUUGAUAAUGAUGGGAGACGCCGGCUCAUAUCUGAGAUUCGCCAAGUCUUGAUUGCAAUGCGGAGGGGUGAGAGCUUACGAGCUGAGGAUUAUAUGCUCUUUGACCCUUUCCUAUAUCAUGGCAUGGCUGAAAUGCAUGACAGACACAGAGAAAUGCGCCUAGAUGUUGAUAACAUGUCUUAUGAGGAAUUGUUAGCAUUGGAGGAGCGUAUAGGAGAUGUAAGCACUGGACUGAGUGAAGAUAUAAUUCUUAAGUUGAUGAAACAGCGAUUUUAUGUGUCUCUCAUGACAGAGUCUUCUUCUGAUCUCGAACCUUGCUGUAUCUGCCAGGAGGAAUAUGCUGAUGGACAGAAUAUUGGUUCACUAGAUUGUGGUCAUGAGUUCCACAGUAGCUGCAUCAAGCAGUGGCUAAUGCAGAAGAAUCUGUGCCCAAUUUGCAAAACAACAGCCUUGCCGACGUGACAAGGGAGAAUCUCUCCCUUUAUCAGUUUGAUCUUUAGCUGGAACUAUCUAUUAUUACUUGUUUUAUUUCAUGAACUUCCUCUUAUUUGUCAAGAUUGGGAAUGAAAACACAUAUAAAAAAAAUAGACAUAAACAAGAAACAUUGGUGGUUAAGCUAUAGUAGAGUUAUUACAUUUAUACUGUGAUAAUGGACAAUUACAUGUCCUUUAUGAUAGCUAAAAUCACUUGAAUUUUAUUAAUUUUCAUUAUAAAUUUAAGACGUUGACCGCUGAAGUGCUGAGUUAUAUUACUUGGGUUAUUUGUAAGAUGUGA